GGCCCGCCACAGGCCCGCCCGCUCGCCUUUCCUGUUCGACACUAGCAAGCGCAGGUUCUCUUCUCUACUCUCCUCACCAUGCUGAGCCCUGCUGUGGAUUUCGCCGCCAUGGAGGCCCCGAAGAAGGAGCGCCAGCUCGACUCCGACCGCCACGACAGCGGCCUGGACUCCAUGAAGGACGAAGAAUACGAGGACUUGGUCAGGGAAUUGGAGGGAAUCCGCCUGCAGCCUGUGCUCCCCGACGUGGCGGCGCCUCAAACGGCCUGGAAGCAGCAAGUGACCGAAGACGGAGACACAUUUCUCCAUCUGGCUAUUAUUCACGAAGAAAAGCCCCUGAGUUUGGAAAUCAUCCGCCAAGCGGAACGAGACGCGGCUUUCCUGAACUUCCAGAAUAACCUCAAUCAGACUCCUCUCCAUUUGGCUGUGAUCACAGACCAGCCAGAGAUCGCAGAGACUCUCCUGAAAGCCGGAUGUGACCCAGAGAUCAGAGAUUUCAGAGGAAACACUCCUCUGCACAUCGCUUGUGAGCGGGGUUCUCUCAGCAGCGUCGGUGUACUCACACAGUACUGCCAGAAGCAAGUCUGCUCCCUCCUACAGUCAUCCAACUACAAUGGCCACACUUGCCUCCACCUGGCUUCCAUUCAAGGUUAUCUGGCCAUUGUGGAAUACCUCUUGUCCUUGGGAGCAGAUGUCAAUGCUCAGGAACCAUGCAAUGGUAGGACUGCCUUGCAUUUGGCUGUUGAUCUUCAAAACCAAGACCUGGUGACUCUCCUUUUGAACCACGGAGCAGACGUGAACAGAGUCACCUACCAGGGCUACUCUCCUUACCAGCUCACUUGGGGGAGGAGCAACUCCUCCAUACAGGAGAAGUUGAAACAGUUUACCACAAUGGAUCUGCAGAUGCUGCCAGAGAGUGAAGAUGAAGAGAGCUGCGAAUCAGACUCAGAGUUCACAGAAGAUGAACUUCUGUAUGACGACUGUGUUAUCGGUGGACGACAUGUUCCUUGCUGAACGUGGAGGCUUGCAGAAAGAGCAAGUGGACAAAAUGAACAAUUACUGACUGCACUGUGCUGCGCUCAGAUAAAGUGGCAGGUACUACACAGAGUCCAAUACACUGUUUGGGCAUGAAUGAGUUUGGGUUGUCAAACACCGGAAGAUGUCAAGGCCCCUUUGAAGCAAGGAGUGGAUUGUCCAAAUAAAGGAAGCAGAAGACGAGAACUGGAAGGCGUGCUGCUGUAGGCACUGCAUGCGCUAAGAAGGGUGCUGCUGAGAUCCACCAUCCAUUGUGUUCUUUUGGAAGGCAUUCCGUAUAUUUCUGGCCAACUGCCCAUCCUCUUUUCCAGGGACUGAAUGCCAAACAGCAGAUAGGCAUAUUGCAGCCCCAGCAGAAGGCUGCUUGUACAUCCACAAGGAGAAUGUCAGAAAACACGGAGACUCUAUAUUGCAAGCUCUUAUGCUUGGCAACGUGUAUAUGCUGUAUAUGUUGUGAAUAAUUUUUUUUUGCUACUUGAUAAAUGUAUAUUUAUUAAAAAAAACAUUAAGAAAUGAA